AUGGAUCUGAUUAACUCUUUAAUAGCGCCAUUCAGGAACUUCUAUCAGAGAUUGGCUAUCAGAUUAGCACCUUUGGGAAGAGUUCUCCUCUAUCCAUAUGUUCUUUUCCUGGCUCAUCUCCAAUCAGUACACUUUGUUGUUUACGUGCAAGCAAAGAAUCUGGAGCUCUAUUACCGUAGAGAAGCUCAGAGAUUCACUUCUGGUAGCAGGAGGUCGACAACGUUCAAAGAUAAAUCACAGGAAUUGGACCAGUGGAAGCUGGAUUUUGGUACUUCAAGGCCAAUCGCAGAGGAGGUGAAGCCUUUAUUCAGGGCAUCUGUGAAUCCGAGAGACGUGAUGCUCAAAGCUUGGGGUAGAACUGAUUAUUACUAUGACAGAUAUGUUGUCCACACCCCUUUUUGUAUUAUUGUUCGUCUAUCUGGGGAAAGAAACCGGUACAUAUAUUCUCCACGACCAGGAACAAAACUUCCUUUUGUUCUUUCUGAAUUACCUGAACCUGACCAGUAUCAUUUUUCUCCAGAAGCGACCAGAAGCUUCAAUCUCAAUAAGGCGGAAGUCCCAAAGCCUGUGGAAAAGCCAUUGGUUAAACUCUUUGAACGAGAAGUCAUUCCAGAAGUGGUGGCAAAGCCAGACACGCCGGCCAUCGAUAAAAGUCCAAUAGUUUUGGAUGCGGAUACAGGGACCAAAUUCUCAUCUAGCCAUACUCCUUUGACUGGUCAAUUGACCGUUUCGAAAACGGGCUCUCCAAGAAAUAGAAGAAUUAAGCUUGUAGUUAAUAAGAAACCAAAGGCACCUUUCAUUGGGUCGUUUUAUGAUUACGAGCACGUCAGACAUGAGAUCAUUAAUUGUUUCGAUAGGCCAGAACUUGACUACGGAUCUCUAGCGCCCAAUAUAGUGAGGUUAGCUUGGCAUGUAUCUGCCACAUAUGAUCAAAGAACUGGUACUGGAGGCAGUAACGGAUGUACCAUCAGAUUCCCACCUGAAUUGACAGAUCCAGGAAAUACUGGACUGCACCCUGCCAUGUCAGCGCUAAACUUAAUUCAGGCUAAAUUUCCAUGGAUAUCCUAUGCUGAUCUCUACACUUUUGCUGGAGCCAUUGCAAUUGAGUAUUUGGGAGGUCCGAAAAUAGACUGGAAACCUGGUAGAGUGGAUUGUACCGACCAAUCUCUGGUACCCCCAAAUGGUAGACUGCCGUUGGGAAGCUUGGGUGCAGAUCAUAUCAGAGAUGUGUUCAUCAAUGCGCUUGGAUUCGACGAUAGGGCUGCUGUUUGUCUAAUUGGAGGUGGCCAUGCACUAGGAAGGACUCAUGCCAAGUAUAGUGGCUGGGAUGGAAAAUGGACAGAGAAUCCUCUUCAGUUCUCAAAUCAGUUUUUUUUGGAAUUGUUAACUCAUGAGUGGGACGAAUGUACAGUUCCUGAAACAGGAAUGAAACAGUUCUGCUACGAAAAGAAACGUUUAAUGAUGCUGAAUACCGAUAUGGCACUGCUCAGAGACCCAUCAUUUGCUAAGUGGGUCAAGAUCUAUGGGGAGGAUGAGAAGUUGUUUUUUGAUGAAUUCAGUCAGGAUUUUGCAAAGCUUCUAGAGCUAGGUGUUGAUAGAGAUAGCGAUGGAAUUGCUAGGAAAAAAUUCUAA